AUGGAUGAAGCGGGUCCAUCCACUGCAACGUGGGAGUACAACGAUAAUGAACAAAGGAUUACCGAUGGGGACAAGCGGAAACCUCGAAAACGUAAGACAAAAAGAUCAUCAAGCUCUGACUCGAGUUCUAGUACCUCAUCUAACUCAAGUUCGAACACAUCUUCAAAUGACGAGCGUUGUAUGGGACGACGGAAGAAAAAUAAGCGCAGGAAAAAACGCGACAGUAAGUUGAACAAAUUAAUCGAUGAUAUUUCUACCCUCAAGAAUGAGUUAUUUCGUAAGCAAACUAGUACUCCAAUUAAAUCACAUAAUGAUAAUUGUAGUUGUUGCGUAGACCCAAACAUUAGUGGCAUUUUAUAUGAAAGAGAACCGGAAGCCCAUGCUUCAGGCUCCGAUCCCAUACCUGACUUACCUAAAGAACCAAUGUUUUAUUUUAAUGUUGGAACUAAACUAAAAGAACCCUCUGUACCACAUACGUCUAGUACAUUUUUAGAACAAUUAAAAGAGUUACAACGACUAGGAAAUUCAGAUUGGAACUGUGUUCGUUAUGCAGAAGUUCAAAAACAGUACUUACAUAAUCCAGGAUUCACAAAUCUUGAGCCUAAUGAUGAAAUAAAACGUUAUGACACUACUAAAUUCACAGCGCAUAUGGAAAAAGCAUUUGCAGGUGUUACUUACGCAUUGUUGAAACAAAAGAAUGUGUUGGAACAUGAAAUACGAGGAUUAUUAACAUCAAUGCAACAACCCGAACAACUCAAUGAUGUUAAUGUUGCGGAAAAAUUAAAUGAAAUCUUCACGAAAGACGUGAUGGAAAACCUUGCCAAAGGAAGUAUCAUAGCCAAUACCAUGGCCAGGGCCAUCAGCCCUUUCGAGGCAACAGGGGCGGACGAGGAGGAAAACGGUACGAUGAUAAUCGAGGACGAAAAGCAGGCUCUCCCUCAUCCCACCAGGAUAGGAGAGGACAUAACAAUCGGAAAUUGUGACUCUCGAACAACUUUUCGUGCUGGUCAGCUACAAAACUAUCACAGCCACUGGAGGAUGCUCGGGGCACCGCCCUACAUUCUCAAAAUCAUAAGCGGUUAUCGUAUUCCGUUCAAAAUGAAACCCCCACUGUGUCAGCCGCAUCAGCAAAACCAAACAAUUUUCUCGCCAGAGAUGUCUACAAUUAUUACGGAAAUGUUAUCCAAAGGGGUGAUUAUAGAAGCCAGACGCACUGCAAGCUUCAUUUCAUCAAUAUUCCUCCGGCCAAAAAGCGACGGCACGAUGAGACCGAUAUUCAAUUUGAAAAAAUUAAAUGUGUAUGUUCACGCAGACAAAUUUCGCCUAAUAAAUACACACAGAGUUCCAGAUUUUCUUCAGGCACAAGACUGGAUGGCAAAAAUCGACCUUCAUCAGGCAUAUUUUCACCUUCCCAUUGCACGCAGCCAUCAAAGGUACUUACGCCUAUUGUUCGACGGAAAACUUUAUCAAAUGACUUGUCUGCCGUUCGGACUGAACUCUGCACCCAAAGCAUUUGCAACGCUAACAAACUGGAUAGCUCAACUCAUGCGAGAGCGAGGUAUUCGCGUACUAGUAUAUCUGGACGACUUCAUCCUAGCUCACCAGAAUCGGUAUACCCUGCAAGCACAUGUUGCGAAUGCAGUGGACUUGCUGGUAAAUCUAGGCUGGAAGAUAAACAGACAAAAAUCCGUUUUAGCACCACAGAAGUCCAUAGAGUUUUUAGGUGUUGUAUGGGACACAUGGGAAAAUGUCAAAUAUCUUCCGCAAAGACUAAAACUCAAACUGAACAAUCUAAUAUUAGAUGCAUUACGAAGUCAAAGUCUAAGUCUAGAACAAUUACAGAAAAUAAUAGGUACGCUAAAUUUUGCAAGUUUUGUCGUGCUAAGAGGAAGAUUAAAUUAUCGAGCCCUUCAAGUACAUGCAAAUGCCCUAUUAAAAGCUCCACAUCGUACCAAAACUCAAUUGGGCCCACAAGCGAUAAGCGAAUUGCUAUGGUGGCAAACAAAUCUCGAGACUCCGUCUGUAAUCCACAACCCUCUCCCUUCGCAUUAUCUAACCACAGAUGCAAGCGAUAUCGGAUGGGGAGCGAAGUUAGACAACAAAAGCCUACAAGGGACCUGGACAGCUUCAGAGCAAACUCUACACUGCAAUCAAAAAGAACUUAUUGCUAUAAUAAAGGUUUUACGCGAACACGGUCAUUACCUGAAAUCAAAAGCUCUCCUUAUUCAAUGCGACAACAAGACGACUGUCUCAUAUCUACGCAACGAGGGAGGAACCAAAUCUCGAGCCCUAGGGGAUCUUACGAGAGAAGCGUUAGCUCUCCUGGAUCGCUACAGGAUACACAUGACGAUAUACCACCUUCCAGGCAACUACAACUCGGAUGCAGAUCACUUAUCACGAUACAAAGCUCCUCCAGAGUGGCACCUUCUACCCACAGUAACAAAAACCAUCUUCAUGAAAUGGGGCACGCCCGAAAUCGAUCUGUUUGCCUCUCAUCGAGCGCAUGUGCCUUGCUUGGGUGUUUCCGCCACCUUACCUGAUGCCGAAAGUGCUUGCUCACUUAAACAAAGCAAAGGGAAUUUACAUGAUAGUAGCCCCGAGAUGGGAGAAAGUAUACUGGCGACCAGACCUGAAGAACCGAGCAAUAGGACCGCCCUUCACGAUCAGACGUCUAUCCAAUGUACUGAUCGACACCUCGACAGGACUCCCUCCAACAAAAGCCUCGGACAUGGUGAUGGAGGUUUGGAGAUGUGGGGGUGGGAAUCAAGCUUGAAGGACUGGUCUGAUGAACAAAAAUCACUCCUUUUAGCGAGUUGGCGUAAAUCAACGCUCAAUACGUACAAACCUGCCUGGAACAGAUGGAUAAAGUGGACAACUAUCAAUAAAAUCGAUUUACUCAAUCCGACUGGCUCACAAUUCGCAAGAUUCUUGGCAGAUUUAUAUCAAAAAGAAGGACUCUCUUAUAACACGAUUCUAGUUCACAAGUCUGCUGUCUCAACCUUUUGCGACCCGAAUAGUGAAACUAAGAUAAGCUCUCAUACACUCGUGAGACAAGUUUUGAAGUCUAUUCGUAUAGACAAUCCUAUACCUACAAAACUUCCAGUUUGGGAUAUAGAUAUAUUGAUAUCAUAUUUAAACAAACAAGAUCCUAACACAUCUAAUUUUUACGAAGUCUCUCGGCACACUGCGGCUAUUUUGCUCUUAUGCUCCGGAAGACGUGUUCACGACCUGACGCUGCUUCGAAUUUCACCAGAGCACUUCAUGCAAUCCAAUGAAUGCAUAAUCCUGUGGCCCGUCUUUGGUUCCAAAACUGAUACUGCUAAUUACCGUCAGUCCGGCUGGAAGCUAAUUUCUAAUAAGGAAUGUAAGGCACUAGACCCCGUCUACUGGAUAAAUCACUUAGUCCUAUUGUCGCAACCAAGAAGGAAUCUGAUAGCGUCAACAGACUUAUUUAUCAAUACGUUUGGAACACCAAAACCGGCUACUCGCUCUAUAAUAGCUGGUUGGCUCAAAAAGCUACUACAUGAAGCUGGCAUACAAGCAACACCCGGUAGCUUUAGAUCAGCAGUCGCAUCAAAAAAUUGGAUUGAACACUCUAAUCUCGAUGAAAUUCUUGCAAGAGCAAAUUGGAAGUCUGCAAAUACUUUCAAAAAAUUUUACUGUCGUGAAAUAAUAAGCUCUCACACUACCAGAGUACCAGAAUCUCAGAGAUCUAAUUUGAUUAUGACAAGUUUUGAGCCCAUAAAUUAA